AUGCCCGCCGGGGCUUACGUGUACAACCCGCCCGCGAUCGCCCCCGUCGGCAAUGGAGGCUCGCCUGCACCCGUGCAGCACGGCGCCACCGUCUACCAGCCCGCAGUGUACCAGCAGAUGCCGCCUCUGUCCCAGCCCGGUCAGAUGCUCUACUCGCCCCCGGUGGUCGGCCCCUACGUGGCCGGCUCGGCCGGCCCUUCAUCAUCGGCAUCGCCGGGCCUGUCCGCCUCCACAACCAGGAGCGCCGUUGACCGUGCAUGUCAAGAUCCCCAACGCCGAAGUGUCGAACUGCGCAAGAUCCAUGAUCAGCUGGUCAGCAGUGCCGCCCUGCGCGAGUGUACCCUGCCCGAUUUUCCUCCAGCGCCGUGGUUCACCGAUCACACCAAGCCAGAGCACAUGGCCCGGCGAAAGAAGGAACUCGUGCGGUACUUCAACGCGCUGCUGAAGGAACCGAAGGUGUUGGUCCUUCCCAAGUUUCACAUGCUCAUGGAGCUGGCCACAGAUGCGGCCGAGGCCAUGCGCGCGGUCGGCAACCACAUCCUGGACGCGAGAAUGGAAAGGCAGCGGGCCGAGCAGGAGCGGAAGCGACAAGUUGAAGCCGAACGACAGCGCAAGAUGCGGGAGGCCUACAAUCACGCGCAGACAUUCCACCGGAACGACCACUAUCAGGUGUGGUACAACGGCGCCCAGAUGACCUCGACCCGCGCCCUCACCUACAACGAACACACGGCCUUCAAUCUUCGAGAGAAGUUUUGGGGCUUCGGCGAUGCCACGAUUCAGGGACCCAAUGGCCAGCCGUGGUUUCAAAUAAGUAAGAUCAACCGUUCAUUGUUUCACUUCCAUGACUGCCAAUACGCCAUCCUCAACAUGCAGGGCGAGCCGUUGAUCCUGCUGCAGGAGUGUUGGAAGUUCAUGUCGCUCAAAUUCAAGAUCUACAGCAUCCUGACCGAUGAGUGCGGCCAGAGGCGUCAGCACAUGUUCAAGAUGUGCUCCAUCAAGCGCACGAGCAUCUUCGGUAUCGUCGAGUACGUGAUCAGGAUGGCCACUCCCUCCACAGCGCGGGACUGUCGCCCCUGCCGCAAGUCUUUGAUCAAGUGCGACGGUUCUUGGGGUGAUUGGAAUACCAGCUUCUCGGUGGGCAGAUACGAGACAGCUCGCGUCAGCCGCAACUUCGCCUUCAUGACCACCGGUGACUACGACAUUCACGUGUCGCCAGGUCAGGACGUGAUCCUCUACCUCGCUCUGGCCGUGUGUAUCGACAAGAUGCACUACGAGGCCACCCGCAAGUGA